AUGAACAUCUUUACCAAAGUCCCAGGAUUCGCCCAACAAACCAGCAAGCUGGGGUCUGUGCUCCAACGCGCCUUCUACGGGUCCAGUGGGAAGGUGACCCUCUUCGAGCAGCGGAACUUCGCCGGCCGCCGGCUGGACCUGAGCUCGGACUGCACGCGGAUCAGUGACAAGAACUUCCCCGAGAGAUGCAACUCUGUGCAGGUGGAGAGCGGAGCAUGGGUCGGCUACGAGCACGAGAACUUCCGUGGCCGUCAGUACUUGUGGGACAUGUCUGAGCGCGGCGAGUACACCUGCUACGACAAGUGGUGCGCUCAGGUGGACCACGUGUCCUCGGUGAGGGCCGUGAAGCAGGACAACAACCCGGGCAAAGCUCAGCUGUUUGAGCGCUCCGGCUUCUCCGGGAAGAAGAUGGAGGUCCAGGACGACAUCCCCAACCUGAUGAGCCGCUACAGCCUCAACCGGGUCGCCUCCAUCCGGGUCCUGGGCGGAGCGUGGGCCGUGUACCAGGAGCCCAACUACAGGGGCCCCCACUACAUCCUGGAGAAGAGGGACUACAACAACUUCUCAGACUGGGGGAGCCAGAACAGCACCGUGGGCUCCAUGCGCCGAGUCCGCUUCACCUAG